UCCACUUUCGUCGCCGGUUCUACGCGUGCGAAGUCACCGGGUCAACAGCAGCACCUACCCCGCGUCCCCGCCUCCUUCUACCUCCAAAACCCAAGUAGGCUUGCCCUCGCGGUCGCAGCUAGCGAACCCUAAUGGAGAUCGCUGAGGCCCUGCAGGCCUACACGGGCCUCACACCCGCGGCCGCCGCCACCAUCCUCGCCCUCAUGGUGGCCACCUACCUCCUCGUCUCCUCCCUCUUCGUCGCCCCCGCCCCCGCCCCCGCCCCACUUUCCAAGCCGCCCCAGCAGCAGCGCGAGGGGGAGAAGGCACAGGAGGAGGAGGAGGAAGAACCGAUGCCUUUCGUGUAUCCGGACCCCGUGGAGGUGGGCGAGCUCACGCUCGAGCAGCUCAGUGCGUAUGACGGCAAGGACCCAGCCAAGCAGAUCCUCAUUGCCAUCCGGGGCCAGGUCUACGACGUCUCCCGCGGGAGGCUCUUUUAUGGCCCUCAGGGACCAUAUUCCUUGUUUGCCGGGAGGGAUGCAACCCGGGCCCUGGCAUUGAUGUCAUUUGACCCAAACGACCUCACCGGGGAUCUGGACGGCCUAAGCGCCGAUGAGCUGGAGGUGUUGCAAGAUUGGGAGGAAAAAUUCAAGGAGAGGUAUCCGAGGGUGGGCCACCUUGCCUGUCAAGACGCGACAGACAGUGGUCAGACCACCGCUGGGCUUCAUCACGAGGAAGGGGACGCCUAAAACUCCACUGGUUUGCCUCGUCGUCCUCUCCUCUGUUUUUUUUUUUUUACUUGCUGGAUUUCACCCUGUAGAUCUGAUGUGCGCACUUGUGGGUGACGCAGCUGUCGUCGUCGUUUGCUGUAUAUGUAUGUACGUGUGCGGUGUGCCUACUGACUAAUGCACGCACCUGCUGUCCCAUUUCUUUUGGAUCUGUAGCGGCUAUAAGGAAAUUUUGAGCCUAAAAAAAACUGGAGGCUUUAGGAACAGCCCAUGUUCGACUCUUGGUUGUAUACGCGUGAUUUGUGUCAUGAUUUGUGGCUUUGUUGUUCAUCAUAUACAACAACGAUCCUGCUGUCAGCUAAAGCAAACAUAUAAUUUGCGGCCCGUGCAUAGCUUGAUUA